AUGAGCGAUCCCUAUUCUGAAGACCGGGUUGUAAGAUUCAUUGAAUCUUUACCCGAUGAAACCUUGUGCCCUCCAUGGGCUGAUCAACAGGUGGAACCAAAUCGCGUCCAACCGGAAGAGCAAGGCGAACACAACUCGGGAGCGCAAUUACCAGAGAAGCAGCGCAAUGAAACCGAGACAUACUUUUAUCAAGCGGUUGAGGGACGAGAAACUAUAACCACAACGGUUAGUUCACAGAGCCUUGGUUUACUGUUGAAGGCCAUGGGAAGGCAUGAAUGGACAGCCCAAGGCAUGAAAUGGGAAGAAAAGUUCAUAGGUGGAGAAAACGAGGACCAAGCAAUAUGGUUACGCGUACACUCCAAAAAGAUGAAAAGUGAGCGAUGUCGAACGCUCCUAAUGUUCCUACACAAGCUAUGGUUCCUCUAUCAAGAGGCUCCUUCCGCCCAUGGUAUGGACGAACAGACGUCUGCCGUUCAUAGAACCGAGCGGGCAAAGAAGUUUAGACAACUGAUCCAUGCCAUCCACUCUGUGGUUGGUAAAAUAUGCGCCAAGGCACAUGCUGCUCUGUCGAAGAUGCCAGAGGAGAGGGGCCAUGCUGCCAAUAAUGCAGGGAGCUUGCGGUGUCAAAUCAUACCUCUGCUCCUGUUGGUUAUAAAGGCAGUCUUUAUGACGGGGAGCCAAGAGACAAUGAGUGAUAGCUCUCAGGCCCUGCCUUCAGCCGGAACAUUUGCUGUUUUUGCAAUCCAGAUGAUGCGACAGAUUAUGGAUUGGGUUAAAAGACUGCACCUUGCGAUGGUUAAUGAGCUGGAGGUCAACCCACCCAUUUCUGAGAACAUGGAUAUUGAAACGAGGCGUAGAGAGUCUCAUGAAAUAUCCAAAGUACUCCGCCAGCUCAAAUUACCAAACCGGCACUUCAUGGACUUUACAGCCAGACUCACAAAAGCAUACGAGGAGUUGGAAGAAGAGGCCAAUAGGCCAAAGAGAAAGCGAGAGGCCAUGGAAGAAGACAAACGCAUACGGCAAAAACGAGAGGACAAAAAGAGAAUAGAGGAGGAGGCGGUCGAGCGGCGCAUGGCACUAUUUCGAUCAUCUGUUCAAGCAUUGCAUGCACGAACUUCGACACAGAAUUCCAACAGCCAGGAAGUAGAAGGUCACGGACCGAGACACAGGGAUGCGGACGAAGACCACUAUACUCAGAUGUCAACUUCACAGGGACUGGCUAAAGUUGAUCCAGCCUCUAAUGUUUACAGAGAUCCGAGCCGCAGCCAGGAACAAAACCGUUGGGCGAAGGAGGAGCGGUUGGCCGGUAGCCAACCAAGCCAGAGUCUACCGCAGGGCGAAGCUCGUCAAAGAGUCUCUUGGUCCUAUGAAGAGAGCAAUAUUCUCCUUACACUGAUUCGCACGACGUCGCAACCGAGCCUGGCGGAUUUAACAGAGAAACUACCGGGACGAAACGAGAAAGAGAUAAGACAGAAGAUCAGCGAGCUCAAGGAAACGUCGCGCAAAUUCUACGAGGAGCGUGGAUUGAUACCCCCAAAGUGGUGUUGA